AUGAAGCUUCUUCUCUUACUUCUCGUCUUUCUCCCGUUGAUCGUUGCUGCUCCUGCUGAUGAAAUGGAAAAACGCUUCUGCUCUGAAGGGUGCCAAUACAUACUAAAAACGGAGAAUCCGAACGCUAAGUUUAACAUGAAAAAGAUGAUGGACAAGUGUAAGAAAGACUCCAAAGUGCCAAAAAUAGUCUGUGAAGCGAUGGACGAAAUCAAGAAAAAAGAAAAGUACAACUUUGCCAAGUAUGCGGAAGAGAACUACACAUGGAAACAGAUUUGCGAUUUUUGCAAGUAAUUGUGUCUCUUGUGUGAAAUACAAGCUAUCUUCACA